AUGUUCAAAAGAGACGAUUACAUUCGCACUAAACCCGACGCCGUCUUUUCCCAGUGGCAGGGUUUUGCCGGAUCCAUGCUUCUUCGUAAACCCUUUUCAGAAAAUGCAGAAUUACGAAGGACUUUAGUGGAUUACACCUCCAUUUCUCGGGAUUUUGGCCCAAAGAUUCUAAUAGGAGCAAACAAUAAGGAAGAUGUCAGAAAGGGAAAAGACUAUGCAGGCAGAUACAGAGUCCAAGGAUCCAUCCCGGGUCUCGGUGUAGCUGUUGACCCAAAGGACGUUCUUGUGGCUUCUCAUGGUCAAACCGAAAGCAUUAGAUCUCGGCUCAGGUCUUAUGGUAGAUCUAUUCCCCAUCAUGACUUGCUUAUGAGCCAGAGAAAUCCAGGAGUCUCUCACACGAUUCUUCCUUCCUCUCAGAAGAAAACUGGCAACAGAACCGAAGACAAGAAGCAUGAGAGAGAGAUCAGCUGUGAUGCAGCUGAGGAUAAGAGUACUUCUCCUGCUUCGGUACUUGGACUCAGAAGUGAUGACAUUAUUGAUGAGUCUGAUUCUCUUUCUGUCUGUGGAGUCUUACUAGAAGAUGGUACUACUUGCACUACAACUCCAAUCAAAGGAAGAAAGAGAUGUACAGAGCAUAAAGGGCAGAGAAUCUCUAGUGUUCCCCCUGAAAAACACAUUCCGAGUGAAGCUCCUAGAGGAAGAGAAUGUGAAGAAACAGAGAACAUAUGUGGAGUGAUUUUACCUGACAUGGUACGUUGCAGAACGAAGCCUGUUUCGAGGAGAAAACGAUGUGAGGAACACAAGGGAAUGAGAGUCAAUGCCUUCUUCUUUCUGUUGAACCCAAUGGAACGAGAUAAAGCUGUCAAAGAGGAUAAAUCCAAACCGGAGACAUGUAAAGGCUCAGUGAACCAAGAGGAUUCAAGUCCGAGUCUUCUCUGUGAAGCUACAACGAAGACUGGUUUGCCUUGUACGAGAAGUGCUCCUAAGGGAAGCAUAAGAUGUUGGCAGCACAAAGAUCAAACUUUGGACAAGAGAUCAUCCGAAAAGGUUGAGUCAGCAACUGUUGGUCAAGUAAUUUGCGGUGUUAAGCUGUACAAUGGAACGGUAUGCGAGAAGCCUCCAGUGAAAGGAAGGAAGAGAUGUGAGGAGCACAAGGGGAUGAGAGUCACAUCUUGA